AAUCCCAUCUUUACCACGCUCUAAUGGUAAUAGCUGUUCCUCAAACCGUUUAUGCUGUAUGUAAUUGUUUUACAAAAUGAACCAUAAUUCGUGGAAGAAGAAUGUCUAGGCGUGGUUGGACAGUUGAAAGGCCGUACGCACUAGCCCGAGUAAUGUCGCUCGACGCCUUGCGACGCCCUUUUGUUGACGGAACCUUAACACUUAAGCCACGAUUUCACGCCAUAGAAAAGACGACAUGAAUACAUUAACAGUGAAGACAGUCAGGAAGUCCCGGCUACUGGGUUUUCCUUUAAUCGGUGAUCUUUACCUUUUUGUUGUUUUGUAUUACAUUCUUAAGCUGGAGAGAACUUUUGUUUGUAUUGACACACGCCCACCAUAUGCUUAACAAUAGAUCCCAGGGGUGUAACGGAACAGAGAAUAUUAGAGAUGAAAACGAUAUUAAUUAUUCAACACCCGUUUAUCCCCCUUGCGCCAUAGCUAGCGACGAAUCGUCACCACAGCAGUACCCAGACUCGGACAAGAGUACCUAUUUUUUUCUGCAUAACCGAAGUACAGGGCGUGUGAGGUGGUCAUGCCAGCCAGUGUGUUCGGGAGAUCACAGAAAAUGGCGCUGACGGAGGACAAGACCAAAGUGCACUUCCUCGGCAGGCUGCCUAUGCAGGGCAGCCGGCAGGAGGACACCUGGAGGCCCGUGGACGCACUCGUGAACCGUGGGAAGAAAAACAUGGUGAAGAAUAUGAAGAUGAAGGUGUCAAACUACGGCAUUAACCGCAGCUACAAGUGGGGACUCGGCAGCAAGAAGUCAACCUUCAUUCCGCUCGACCGCGUGGUGUACGGCGGGGUGGACGAUCAUCACGAGCGGGUCUUCACGCUGAUCGUGCGGGGGGAGCAGCAGAAUGAGUGCCAUGCCUACCUGUGCGACACUCCCGCGGACGCGGAACACCUCACCAUGCGGCUGGACGACGCUUUCCGCCAGGCGUACGGCCACUUCGAGGAGGAAGGGGUUCCACGCGAGGCGCCACACGACAACAACAUCAUCAUGGCGCCGGCCAUGGCGCACCCUCCCAUAUCCAACGGCAACUCGGAUAUCGAGAUGCGGGAAACGACGCACGUGAACAACAGGAGGCGCCGAGGGUCCGCUUCCUCCUCCACUAGCAGGAGCAGCAGCGAUCAGGGGGUGACCAGUACCCGGGUGGUGUACUCCAAGACUGUGUCUCCUACCUCGGACUACGGCACGGAGCGAUCCAGGGAGAUCGCCACCCGAGACCACGUGGACAUCCAGUACAACAGCUACCAGAACGGUCCGGUGGAGGUACACCGUCAGCCCGAGGUGCGGCAGGAGACCAUGUACGUGGACCGGGCCACCCCACCGCCCGAGCCGCGCAGGCCACACAGCAUGUACGUGGAACGGGCCGCCCCUCCCCCCGAGGUGCGCAGGGAGACCAUGUAUAUAGAGAGAGCCGCGCCGCCUCCUGAAGUCAUGUCGACCGUCAUCGACGACCCUGUAGACCGGAGGGAGGUCAUGAGCCGCAGGGUGUACAGGGAGCCCUACAUCUCCAACGACGUCUUCAUGUCUAACGGCUUCGACCGUCAGAGCAUCCGGUCCGAGCCCCGCUACUACCGCAGCUACAGCUCUCAGAACAUCCACAGAGAGGUCUACAGCCAGCCGCUGGUGCGCCGCUCCUUCUAUCGGUCCAGCCCGCAGGUUGUGCAGCUGAACGACUACGAGAGGAAGUACUUCACCGAGGACGGGGACUUCGCCGUGCCACUGGCCGGCUGGGACGACGAGAGGCCGCACUACCAGGGUCACACGUUCACCAGAGAUGUGCCCACCCAGCCCAGGUACCGGGUACCGGAGCGUCGCGCCGAGACCCAGUACUUCCGGCGGGACGGGUCCUUCCGACAGGAGCCCGUGUAUUACACACAGUACCGAGCCUCCAGCCGGGUUCCCAGCCGAGCCCCCAGCAUAGCCCGCAGCCGGGCAGAGUCGACGUACAGCCGGCCCAGGUCCAUAUUCGGCAGGAGCAGCCGCAGCCUCGGCUCGAAGGGGGUUGAGGGAGCCAGGCAACCCAGCUACCUGACAACCGUGCAGAGCAAGUCUUUCUGGACACAACAGGGACCCAGCUACAGGGAUUCCAUGAUGUACUGAUGGGUAAACAGAUAAACAAUUUCAAGAAACACGAACUAACAGAGGAGUCAACACACUUACAGGCUGACAUACAUGGACGAGAAAACAGACAGACAGACAGACAGACAGACAGACUCAAGGUCACAAAGAUUCACUGCAAGAAGAGAAGUGUCAGUGAGUCUUUUGUUUGCGAACAUUGAAUCAAUUGGAUACGUAUCGUAUGAUAGGUAGUAAUUAAGAGACCUAUUUCUCUAUUUUAACAACAUUGAAUAGGAAUAAGAAGUCUUGUUGACGAAAGCUAUCAACAAACGGCCGCCAUUCAGUUGAAAUGUGACGCAAGCUUUAGGUAUGUGAGGACAUUUGUUGUUCAACACUUUUAGCAAAACCCUAGAAAAUAUCGUAUUAUAGGUAGCAAUUAAGGAAAAUAUCUCUAUUUUAGCGAAAUUGAAUAGAAACAAGAAGUCUGGUAGAAAAUUACUAGUAUAAACAAAUAACCGCCAUUUUGAAAUGUGACGCAAGAUUUAGGUAUGUAAGGACAUUUGUUGUUCAACACGUUUAGCAAAACCCUAGAAAAAACACCGAGGUCACUGGAAGAGUUAGUGAAAUCUGCUUUCUGUGCCACUCACAUCUCCGUCACGUUUGGAAUCCCUUAGACACAUAUGAUAUACAACGCCAGAUAGAUUGUCAAUAGACUGUCAGCAUUUUUCUAUGAUGACUCCUAUACCUGUCAGAAUACAUGAUAUUGUCAUUUUGACGUUUAUUAAUAAUUGAUAAUAGAGCUCAUUUUGUGUUUCACCGGGCAGAGAUUAAAAAUGAGGGCGCCUGUAAAAAAAGAUUCAAACUAAAUCAAGCGGAUUUUGCUAAUGUAAGCAUGUAAAAACUUAUAAAAUAUACAUAUAUAUUGCAAUUAUACCUUUGCUGCUUUUUGUUACAACAUAGUAUAUAAAAUUUGCUAUUUUAAGUGAUCAUUUAUUGGAGAAUCAACAUAAUAUAUAAUUUCUAGAGCAGCCAGUUAUUGCUAGUAAA